AUGUUUUUGAUUAUGUCAGCAAUUUAAGUUUUCCUUGCUCAAGCGAAUUGGGUAGUGGUUGAUUAAAGUUUUUUGAGUGGAUUCACUUCUAGUAACAACUGGUUGAUUUAUAGAAAAUGCAACACUUUUGAAUCUGGUGCUAGCUUUUAACAUUAUACUUGCUCAUAAAAUUAAAUAAAAUAUACACGUCUUAAGAAAGACAAUUAAAGACUAGAUAAGAGUUUUAGUAUAAAAAGUUACUAAUCAGAAGUAAUAGUUGAUAUAUUUUUUGAUAAUGAUAAUUCAAGCCCUAGUGAUAGAAAAGUUUACUUCACAUUGAACUUAACAUCACCAAAUUAAAUUUUGAAGUAGAGAGAUUAUUUCAAUUCUGGUUUAACCCAAAAUGCUAGAAGAAUAUGCAAUAAUACAGGAUCUACAUAUUUUGAUUUCAUUACAUAUGUAGGUACAUCUAAUGCAUAAUCUAAAGAAAUAUUUAGUAUAUCAAUAGGUAUUGAAGCAGAAGAUGACUUUUAAUGGAUUGGAGUUCGAAAUUUGUUAGUCUAUGUCAAAUAUUGUUUACCAACUUGCAAAACUUGUUCAAGUUCUACUAGUUGUCUAACAUGUUAUUAUGGUACUCUAUAAUCAGGCAACACUUGUAAUUGUGACCCUUCUCAUUAAUUUGCUUAAACUGGAAUUGGAUGCCGAUAAGAAUGUGAAAGAGAUUACUUUCUGGCAAGAUCAGAUAAUAUUUGUGUUCCAGAUAGAAGAAUUAAAUCACUUGUUUCUUAUUUUGAAUCUACAACUUUCAGUACUUAUUCUCCUUUUUAAUUUGUUCAAGAUUCUGCAAAUUCAAGAAGUUCUCCAUCGUUAAUUUUCACUUGUUCAUCUACUAGUUAUUUAGGUAGUUUACUUUAUAAUGAAGGAAUGAGUUUGUAAUUUGCAAAUUCGCAAUCCAUAAAAUUUAUAAGACUCAGGAUUACAUUUUACUUAACAGGUUUUUAAACUGAUAAUAAAAUUUAAAUAAUAUUAGAUGACUAAAUAUAAGGAUAAAUAAUCAAAGACUCAUCUAGUUACACUUUUGAUAAAAUAACAAAAAUUUAUAGUUCAAGUGUCACAUGCACAAAUACUUAUGAUUUAAUAAGGAUAGAGGCAAUUCUUCGAACUUACUCUAAUACUCCUAAGCUUAUUUUAAAAGGAGCAUAGUUAACUUUGGCAACUUCGACAUGGGGUUUCAGAAAUAUAACAAUUGAUAGUGGUNAUUGUGUCAGCAAUUUAAAUAUUGUUAGCCCAUGCGAAUUGGGUAAUGAUUGACUAAAGUUUUGUUGAUGGAUUCACUUCUAACAAUAGUUGGGAUCUAUCAAAAUAUUGUGACUAUUUUGAUAAUGAUGAAAGUUUUAGAAAUAAUUCUUGCUAAUCAAAUUCUAUAAAAUAUGUACGUCUAAAAGAUGACAGAUAAAGGAUGGAUAAGAUCUACUAGUAAAAAAGUUACUAAUCAGAAGUAAUAGUUGAUAUCUUUUUUGAUAAUGCUGGUGAUACAUCUGGAAAUCAAGCUUAUUUCACAUUGAACUUAACCUAGAGUUCGUCAUCAAGAGAUAUUAUGUAAUAAAGAAAUUAUAUAUAUUCUGAUUUAACUCAAAAUGCAAGAUAAAUAUGCAAUAGUUCAACACCAUAAUAUUUUGAUUUCAUAACAUAUGUAGGUACAUCUCCUGUAUUAUAUAAAGAAAAAUUUAAUAUAUCUAUAGGAAUUGAAACUGAUGAAGAUAAUUAAAUUCUGGGUGUUAGGAAUGUAUUUGUUUAUGUCAAAUAUUGUUCACCAACUUGUAAAACGUGUUCAAGUUCGACUAGUUGUCUAACAUGUGUUUAUGGUUCUCUAUAAACAGAUGGUAGUUGUACUUGUGACCCUUCUCAUUAAUUUGCUUAAACUGGAAUUGGAUGUAGAUAAGAAUGUGAAAGAGAUUACUUUAUAGCAAGAUCAGAUAAUAUUUGUGUUCCAGAUAGAAGAAUUAAAUCACUUGUUUCGUAUUUUGAAUCUACAACUUUCACUGCUUAUUCUCCUUUUUAGUUUGUUCAAGAUUCUGCAAAUUCAAGAAGUUCUCCGUCAUAAAUUUUCGAUUGUUCAUCUACUAAAUAUGUAGGUAGUUUACUUUAUAGUGAGGGAAUGAGUUUAUAAUUGGCAACUUCUUAAUCCUUAAAAUUUAUCAGACUAAGGAUUACAUUUUACUUAUAAGGCUUUUUGACUAAUAAUAGAAUAUAAAUAUUGUUAGAUGACUAAAUAUAAGGUGAAAUAAUCAAGACUUCGUCUGAUUAUAAUUUUGAGAAAAUUAGAAAAAUUUAUAGGUAAAGUGUCAUAUGCACAAAUACUUAUGAUUUAAUUCGAAUAGAGGCAAUUCUUCGAACUUACUCUAAUACUCCUAAACUCAUUUUAAAAGGAUCAUAGCUGACUUAAGCAACUUCGACAUGGGGAUUCAGAAAUAUAACAAUUGAUAGUGGCAAUUGUAAAGAAAAUUGUGCAGUAUGUGCUGACUUUUCAACUUGUCAACAAUGUAUCAGUAAUUACGUGUUAUUUUAAAAUGGUUGUGUCAGCGAUUGUCCAGUGCAUUCUGCUAAUUGUGUUGAUUAUGCAGAUAUGAUACCAAGUAAUUUUAAUAAUUUAUUUUUAGACUCUCGAUACUUAGCAAAAGGAUUUUAUAAUUUUAAUAUGACUACUUCAGAUAUAAACAAAUUCUUCGAUGAAAUUAUUCCAACUGGUAAUAAUUUCUUAACACAAUAAAAAUUUUCAAUAUUUCCAACUAAAUUUGUUUUAGGAGGUGUAAUGGUAUGGAAUAAUGCAAUAUAUAAAAAAUCAUGGAGUAUAUCCAAACCACACUAUGCUGUUACAAUAAGAUUUAACGUAACAUAUGGAGAUGAAUAUAAUGGAAAUUUUUAUUAUACCAUUUAAGGAGUAAAAUCUGUUGCUCAUCCGAAACCAUCAUCAGGUGGUUAAAACUUUAUUGGUAAGAAUUUAAAUGAAAUUACAAAAUAUUUUGAAAUUUUCCAGAGCCCAUUCACAUCUUCUCCAUUAAAUAUUGAGUUUUAAUGUACAGAUACAACUGCAGAUCCAAAAGAUCAAUUUUGUGCAAUUUCUGACUACUUUAUUGUUGUACAUUAUGUAAAUAUUUUGAUUUAUUUUUAAGUGUCUCCCAUUUUGUCAAAUUUGCAAUGAUGGUUUCUCUUGUAUUACUUGGGAAUCUGGGUACACAAGUGAGAAUUGCUAUACAAAUUAAUUUUUAUAAUUUGAUACUAAUUCAGAAACUUAUAGUUGUAUUACAUGUAAUUAACCUGGAUGUUUAACUUGCAAAAAUUUGGAAGAAUGCACUUCAUGUGAUCCUUCAAGUUAAUAUAAUACUUUAAUAAAUGGUGUCUGCUUAUUAUCUAAUACUUCUCCUUCUCCAAGUUCAUCAGUGCAAUGCCAUUAAACUUGCGAAACAUGUAUAGGAGCUUUGAUAACUAAUUGUUAAACAUGCGUUACUGAUUUUCAUAGGAUUUUAUCCAACAAUUAAUGUUUAUGUUAACUUGGGUUCUAUGAUGACGGAAUUAAUGUAAUUUGUCUUCCUAUUUGUGGUGAUUUGAUAAUUGUUGAAGGAGAAGAUUGUGACGAUGGUAAUUAUAAUCCUUAUGAUGGAUGUAAUAAUUGUAAAUUUGAUUGUGAUGAUAUUUGUAAAGAAUGUUUUUGGGGAAUUUGUUUUGAUUGUCAAUAAGGAUUUUAGAUUAUGGAUAAUUAAUGUGUUCCCAUUUGUGGUGAUAAUAUUUUAGUAAAAACAGAGGAAUGUGAAGAUAGUAAUUAUAUUCCAAAUGACGGAUGCUAUAAUUGUAAAUUUUCAUGUCCAGAUCAUUGCAUUGAUUGCUAAUUUAAUGAAUGCAUCAAAUGCGAUGAAUUAAAUGGAUGGUAUCUUGAAAAUAACACUUGCUAGCCAAUUUGUGGUGAUGGGAUAAUUGCUUCUAAUGAAUCUUGUGAUGAAGUAAAUAUAAUAUUUUAAUCUGGAUGUUAAAAUUGUUAAUUAAAAUGCCAGAAUGAAUGUUUAAGUUGUAUAUUAGGAUAAUGUUAUGCAUGCAAAGAAAUUGGAUGGGAGAUUGACUAAGUUUCUAGUGAGUGCAAGCCUUUUUGUGGGGAUGGUAUUAUUGUAGGAAAUGAAUAAUGUGAUGAUGGUAAUGAUAUCGACUAAGAUGGUUGCUUUGAAUGCUAAUUUGAAUGUUAAGUUGGAUGUACAGAUUGUUUAAAUGGAGUUUGUUUAGAAUGUGAUACAUAUGGUUGGUAAUUAAAUGAAAAUUAAUGCAUACCUUUAUGUGGGGAUGGUAUUAUUGUAGGAAAUGAAUAAUGCGAUGAUGGAAAUUUAAUUUAAUUUGAUGGUUGCUAUGAAUGCUAAUUUGAAUGUUAAGUUGGAUGUACAGAUUGUUUAAAUGGAGUUUGUUUAGAAUGUGAUACAUAGGGUUGGGAAUUAUAUGAAAAUUAAUGCAUAUCAUUCUGUGGAGACGGGAUUGUUGCAGGAGACGAAAAGUGUGAUGAUGGAAAUUUAAUUGAAUUUGAUGGUUGCUUCGAAUGCUAAUUUGAAUGUUAAGUUGAAUGUACAGAUUUUUAAUAAGGAGUAUGCUAUGCCUGUGAAAUUUAAGGCUGGUCUUUAACUGAACAUCGUUGUCAUCCUGUUUGUGGAGAUGGAUUUAUUAUUGAGGGUUUAGAAGAAUGCAAUGACGGAAACGAUGUAGAAAAUGAUGGAUGUUAUUAAUGCUAGGUUUAAUGUUCAGAUGGUUGUGUUGAAUGUUAAAAAGAUAAGUGUCAGAGAUGCUAAGAUAAUUUGUAUGUAUUGGAUAUUUAAACAGAAAAAUGCAUUCAAAAAUAAAUCAAUGAUGAUGAUCAUGAUAUAGAUUUGAAUAAAAUGUUGUUGGUUUAAUUAUCUAAUUUUAGAUGUGGAGAAAAUUACUUACUUAUUGAUUAUAAAUGUGUUAAUUAAUGUGGAAAUGGAUUAUUAAAUAGUUAAUAUGAAGCAUGUGAUGAUGGUAAUCAUUUUGG